UCUAGCAGUGUAUGGUAGCAUCAAGCUAUUCAUUGUUGUGUAAAAAUUUCUUCCAAGGCUAUAAGUAGCUCAAAUUGACCUUUUUUUGGGAUGAAGAUUUUAAUUUCACUGGAAAUGCCACAAACCUUCAAGUUUUUCCUGAGGAUGCUGGGAAUGCCAGUUCAGUUGGCUUCUUGACAAUAGUUGCAUUCAGAAGGCCCUACAGAAAUCAAUAAACCAAAAUAUUGGCAGGAAAAUAGAUGAAUCAAAUCGACAUGGACCGCAACGAAGACAGCAAUAUCUUGCCAACUCCAGGGGCGGUGGGUUUGGGACAAGAAUCAAGUAGGGGCAAAAGAAAGUUAACCUCAAAGUUUAGUUUGGAGAAUCUUCCCGGUGCUCUAGUGUUAGCAUACCAAAGCUUUGGGGUGGUAUAUGGAGAUCUGAGCACUUCACCUCUUUAUGUUUAUAGAAGCAUAUUUGUUGGGAAGUUGCAGAAUCAUCAAACUUCUGAUGCAAUAUUUGGUGCAUUUUCAUUAAUAUUUUGGACCUUAACGCUCAUUCCUCUGCUGAAAUAUGUAUUUAUGCUGUUGAGUGCCGAUGAUAAUGGUGAAGGUGGUACUUUUGCUCUUUACUCCUUGCUUUGCAGACAUGCAAAAUUCAGUUUACUUCCCAAUCAACAAGCAGCUGAUGAGGAGUUGUCUGCUUACAAAUAUGGUCCCUCAGGACAGUCUUCAACAUCUUUAGCAUUGAAAAGGUUCCUCGAGAAACACAAGAAAUUGCGUACACUUCUAUUGCUCGUAGUAUUACUGGGGGCUGGUAUGGUAAUAGGUGAUGGUGUAAUUACCCCUGCAAUUUCAGUUUUAUCAUCAGUAUCUGGUCUUGAAGCUGCUGGAACAAAUUUGACCCAGGGAGAAGUACUAUUCAUUGCUUGCAUCAUAUUGGUCGGCCUAUUUGCUUUGCAGCAUGUUGGAACCCAGAAGGUCGGUUUCUUCUUUGCACCCAUCAUUUUUCUCUGGUUGAUAUCAAUUUUUUCCGUUGGGCUGUAUAAUACAAUACGCUGGAACCCGAAAAUUGUGUUGGCUCUUUCUCCACACUAUAUCAUCAAGUUCUUUAGUCAAACUGGUAUAGAUGGAUGGAUUUCACUUGGAGGAGUUCUCCUUUCAAUAACAGGUAAAUGAAAUUCUGAAGCUGUCUC